AAUUUGAAAGAAUCAAUUAAUUUGGAAGAAGAAAUUCAUUCGAUAGUUGAGAGACAUAGCAACCUGCUGGAUUUAGCCGAAAUACUAAAUAAUACGAUAUCAGAGAUGAUACUGCUAGAUCUUUUAUUAAAUUGUGGACUAAACUUAGCCGUAGGUAUGCAGAUAUUAAUAGCUAUGAAACUGGGCCAAAAUAUAACGAGAUUCAUUUUAUGUUUUACUGUAUUAAUGUUGCAAGUAUUUUUAUUGAAUUAUGCUGGCGAAACUCUCACUACUCACACAGAAGCUAUACGAGAUUGUCUGUGUACUAUUAAUUGGUAUGAAUUUCCACCAAAGAUCCAGAAAGAUAUAUAUUUUAUGAUCAUGAGAGCACAUAAACCAAUUUAUCGAUUAGCUGGACGAUUUUACGUGUUGAAUUACGAGAAUUUCACAAACAUAGUCAAAACCUGCUUUUCAAUAUUCAAUAUAUUUCGUUUGAUGUUUGAAGUUUAA